AUGCGACCACCGUCAUGCAUCGAGGGUCUUCAGCGACCGACCGCCACUACCACCUCUACCACCAGCAACCGCCCUUCAUCAUCAACAUCAAUCAUCAACACUUCAUCGGAAGGCUGGAGAAGCAAGUCCAGGACUCAGGAUUCCUACUCCUCAUGCGAGCAGUUGCAGCUGUGGACUCUGGACUCAGGCUCGCACUCACCCGCUUCAUCAGCGCACACCAGCUCGAUCAGCUCACUUCCGCAUACUGAACCACGUUCCGUCCGUACACAGCCAAGCCUGCUUGGUGCCAGCAUGCCCGCCGUGUUGCCGGCCCUUCCGAAUAUGACCGCCCUGUUGGCACUCGUGCCACCACUCGUGCCCACCAACCCGCUCGACAUGGCAAGCAUCGGGAACGUGAGCAGCCAGCUGGAAGCGGAACUGACGAACAUUGUCCAGACGCCGGCGCUGGCAGCACUCGUAACAUCACCACCGCAGCUCAGUGAGGCGCUCGGUAGCUUCAUAACGGCCCUCGUUCCUCCACCACCACCAGCCACCACGUCAGCACCGAAACCCGCUACCACGGCCAUUGGCAAACCAGCACCCUCGGCGCAACCGGACGCACCGGAGCGCAUGUCGCUGCUGCCGUUCUCCUUCUUCUGAGGCGCGUACGUCUCGCAGUACCUUCGUGCCGUGUUCAGUGGUAUCUUCCGGCCGCUAAUAUCGCACCACACACACACUCGCGCACACACACACGCUCCCACGGAUCCGGACCCACGCUCGGUUCUCGGAUUUUCCUCCCUAAAACAAAAAAGCUGAAGAUUGUUUAUCAUCCAUCGGAGAAAAAAAAAAUCCACGGUUGAGGUAUACACACCGACACACGAACACACACACACACAUACACACACACAUACCUACACUGUUAUCUAGG